AUGACCCUGACCCAGGUGUCUACCUGGUUCGCCAAUGCCCGACGUAGACUCAAAAAAGAGAAUAAGAUGACCUGGACUCCGCGGAAUCGCAAUGAAGAGUCCGGUGACCUGGAUAAUAGGAAAACCGAUAGGACGAGUUCUGAAGACAGCCAGAAGGCUGUCGGUGGGGACGCCAGUUACUUUAAGUCUGAACAGCCUUACAAGGUCUUUUCUGAAGCAAUGAGUGGGGUUGAAGAUGAUGAUGAGGAUGGUGAUGAAGAGGAAGAAGAAGAAGCCCGGGAAGAGGAAGAAGAGGAUGAGGUAGAGAAGCGCUUUCGACGCGACGAUACCAGCAUUGUUUCUGACGCCGACAGUGUCCCCGCCUAUAAUUCAGUGUUGGGUGCAAGCCAGACAUCCUACAAUCAUAGUGACCCGCCUUAUUCAUUCCCUUGUGCUUAUGCCAUGGACGGUGGCAACCCAGAGAUUUCAUUGCCUUAUGAAACGUGCGGGCAGCAAAGUCUCAAUCAGUCAAGCUCGUUGAACUGGUGCAACCCAGGCGGCCUAGGCUGCCGAUUACACCUCCCUCAUCUCUCCCCGAUAUUCACAAAUGGCGACGCUCAACACCCAAGGACGUGUCUCCGUGAUACUUCCGCCAUCGUGCCACAGAAGUUUCCCGCGCCAUCUGGGGCAGCAGCAUUAGUUAAUAGCUCAUGUAAGUUCAUCAUUUGGCACGUAUGUAUUGUCCUAUUUUGAGAUCCGAUUCAAAUAAGACCUCACCAAAGUGCUGUUGUCUUCUAGAGGGAGUGAUACGAAUGAUCUAAUAAAGCAGCACACAAAGUUGCUCACUAAUCAGAUUGAUAGGUCACGAGGAUAGAUUCUGUCCCCGUUUUCCGAUAUCCUAGGGAAACCAGACUGCACCUUUGAAGCAAUCUACCUAUUUGAUCUGGAAACCAGUUUUUUUUACUUGGAUAUAUCUUUGAUGUACAUUCCUUGUCCGUGUUUACUAAGCGCUAUGACCCAUUUCAGGAAAUGAGCUGCGCACAGACCACUUUUGCGUCAACAAUUAU